CAUAAGGUGUGAUGACGUUUACCACAGUACACAUGUACAUGCAGAAUGAAUUUAUGUCAACUGUGAAAGAUAUUGCUUUACUCGAUAAAUCUUUAUUUUCAUUAGACAUGGCGUAGAUCUUGACUGAUACAUUCAAAUUGCCCAUCUGACGCCAGCUGUCAAGUUAUUUUUGAAAGUGCUCCUGCAGUCCGUGGUGUCAGAAAUGAAGCGGUACAUGGUAGUUUGGGGGUCGGUGUUCUUCUUGGUGAUGUUUUGUUCGCUGUAUCUCAUGUUGGAGACCGUCACAAUGUCCAGUAAACCCCUCGAACUAGACGCGCAAGCAUUGGAUGGUAUAGAAAUAAAGAUAAAAAGAAUUGAAGAUGACAUCUUACGCAAUCAUGAGACGAUUAAAGAAAUUAAAGACACAGUGGGGAAGAUCGCCAAAGGCGACCGUUCUGGAAUUGACCGCCUGAAGGAAGUACUCCAGCUGGACAAUCAUGUGGAGGUGAAGAAACCUGUCCAGCAUGUGGAGCAGCACCAAGAGGGACCUGCUCCAGGGGUGGUCAACAUGGAGGUGCUGUCCCCAGACCAGAAGAAGGACGAGGAGAAGUACGAGGUGCAGUCCCAGGCGAUCCAGCUAGUACAACAGGACACGUGUACCUGGUCAGACAGACCUGCUGCUGCAGACUACAAGAUGCAUGAAGUCUUUGAACUGCUGCCCUUUGACAACCCUGAUGGUGGAGUGUGGAAGCAGGGCUGGGACAUCAGCUAUGAUGUCAAUCAGUGGUCACCUUCCAACCAGUUGCAGGUGUUUGUGGUGCCCCACUCACACUGUGACCCAGGGUGGAUCAAGACUUUUGAUGACUACUACCGAUCUCAGACCAAGCCAAUCUUGGACAACAUGGUCCCAAAGCUGGAGGAGGACAAGAACCACAAGUUCAUGUACGCUGAGAUGUCCUUCUUCUCCCACUGGUGGGAUGAGAUUGAUGACGGCAUCAAGAAGAGAGUCAAGGCCCUCAUUGACAAUGGUCAGCUGGAGAUUGUGACGGGAGGGUGGGUGAUGACGGAUGAAGCCAACGCCCACUAUUUCGCCAUGAUAGACCAACUGCUUGAGGGUCAUCAGUGGCUGGCUGGAACACUAGGUGUGAAGCCCCAGUCAGGCUGGGCAAUAGAUCCGUUUGGGUACUCCUCAACCAUGGCCUACAUACUGAAGCGCACAGGCCUGAAGAGCAUGCUCAUACAGCGGGUGCACUACUCCAUCAAGAAACACUUGGCACAGAAGAAGGCAAUGGAGUUCAUGUGGAGGCAGCAGUGGGAUGACGAGGGAGGCACUGAUAUGUUCUGUCAUAUGAUGCCGUUCUACUCCUAUGACGUCCCCCACACAUGUGGCCCUGACCCAAAGAUCUGCUGCACGUUCGACUUCCGCCGACUGCCUGGAUCCAAGUACAAGUGCCCCUGGAAGCUAAACCCUGUGUCAGUCAAUGAUGGCAAUGUGGCAGAGAGGUCCUUGACCUUGUUGGACCAGUAUCGGAAGAAGGCCCAGCUGUACAACACAAAUGUGCUGCUCAUCCCCCUGGGAGAUGACUUCCGCUAUGACCAGGCCGAUGAAUGGGACAAGCAGUACUCCAAUUACCAAAAAAUAUUCAACUAUGUCAACUCCCAUUCAGAACUCAACACUAAGAUGCAGUUUGGUACAUUGUCAGACUACUUUAACACUCUCUACAAGACAAUGGGGGUAGAUGCAGGAGCUCAGCCGAAGGGCAUCCCUACGCUCAGUGGAGAUUUCUUCACGUAUGCUGACCGUGAUGAUCACUACUGGAGUGGGUACUUCACCUCCAGGCCCUUCUACAAACACCUGGACAGGCUAAUGGAAGGUCAUCUGAGGUCAGCUGAAGUCAUAUUUUCCAUGGCCCAGUCAUAUGCUAGGAAGUUUACGUCAUCAGCUUUUCCAUCAGUGGAGAUGAUGAGCCACCUGGUGACGGCGCGGCGGGCACUGGGGCUGUUCCAGCACCACGACGGCAUCACCGGCACCGCCAAGGACUUUGUGGUAGUGGACUAUGGCAACAGGAUAGUGGAGUCCCUAGCUAACCUGAAACGCUUGAUAGUAGAGUGUGCCACAUACCUGCUGGCUGCCGAGAAGAAUGACUACAAGGACAAGACAUACUACUUCAAUGUGGAUGAGUUAAGGGAAUCCCAUGAUUCUUUGCCAGACAAGACCAUGAUGGAGUUAUCUGAGAACUUCAGGUCAGUGAUUCUGUACAACUCCAUGGCUAACAAGCGAGUGGAGGUGGUGAAAGUGUUUAUCAAUGCUGUGGAUGUCGAGGUCCAAGACCCAACAGGCAAAGUCAUUCACUCUCAGAUAGAGCCGUUCUGGGCAGACACUGACAGCACUGCAGGCAUGAAGUACAAGCUUGCCUUUGUGUGUGAGUUACCUGCCCUUGGUGUGGCCCGCUACCAGAUCCGCCGAGUUGCCCCUGCCUCCAACCCCAGACACCACAGGGUAGAGAUCAAGCUGAUCAAUGCCCAGCCAACACAGGCCAUUGUGCCAUCUUUUCUUGUGAAACGUGUGACUGACUCAGCUGAUUUUAGUCUGGAGAACGUUUACUUUAAAGCUCGAUUCUCUGGGACUACUGGGUUGUUGAAGACGAUGACAACCAAACCAGACUUGGUAGAACACAAGACUGAGACUGAGUUUGUCCUGUAUGGAACCAAAAAUGCUAAGGAAAAGUCUGGAGCCUAUUUGUUCCUGCCUGAUGGUGUGGCCAAGCCAGUGAACAUUGUUGGCCCCUUGGUGCGAAUUAUCACGGGUCCUAUCUUGUCCGAAGUUCAUGUCUUCACACCUUAUGCAGAACACGUAGUGCGGGUCAUGAACUCCCCAGGAAGUGAUGGCACUGCUCUGGAUGUGUACAACAUUGUGGAUGUCCGACAUCUGCUGAACAAGGAAGUAGCCAUGAGAAUCAGUACUGACAUAAAGAACCAAGACAGAGUGUUUUAUACAGACUUGAAUGGAUUCCAGAUGCAGAGAAGAAAGACAUAUGACAAGCUCCCACUACAAGCCAACUUCUACCCUAUGCCAGCCAUGAUGUUCAUGGAAGAUUCAAAUUGCAGAUUCAGCAUUUUGUCCCAGCAGAGUUUGGGUGUAUCAAGUCUCAUUCAGGUGAAUGUAGGAGAGUGUGUCCAGCGUGACACAGUGAAUGUAGGAGAGUGUGUCCAGCGUGACACAGUGAAUGCGAGUAGCACCGUGACCCUGGGCUACCCAACCCUCGUGGCACACCUGGUGUCCCUGCAUCUGACUCAGCCGAUAUUUGUGAUGCCCCAGAAACCAAGCUCCCCAUCCCUCACACUCAACCCUGUCUUCACACCCAUUUCGCAGGAACUGCCCUGUGACCUACAUUUGCUCAACCUCCGAACUAUGCAGAACAAAGAUGACAGUCCGGAACUGAAGUAUGUUCCACGGGACACAGCAGCGCUGCUGCUGCACCGGCUUGCCUUCGACUGUUCCUACCCGGUGAUAGGCUUGUCGUGUGUUGCCACCAGCACCAAGGUGACAUUUGAGAAUCUGUUCAAAGAUCUGAAGGUGGAGAACCUUGUGGAGACAUCCCUGACACUCAUGCAUGACUACGAGGAGAUGGACCCAAAGGCUGCUAUCCAGGUCGAUGCCAUGGAGAUCAGUGCAUUCCGCCUCAAACUCAAGUGAUUCGUGACCAUCUCAUACAUCUCAACAGGGUUCCAUGGAGCUUACCUUUGCCAUCAUUUAAGCAA